AUGUUAUUGCUGGUGUGCUUGUAUGCAGGUUUAGUUGCUGCAAUAGUCCCAGAUUCGUCUUUGGCCGAUAUCUCACAAAAUGAUGUCUUUUCGGUCGUUUGUCUAUUUAUGCUGCUGUCCUUGACAUUCUCGGUUUCCUUCUUUGGAGUAAAGCGACUGAUGGAGAAAUCUCCUAAGUUGACUUCUUCUAUCCAUCCACCAACCACUUAUUCUCAUGAAACUAUUGCCUUCUAA